AUGUCUCGGUUAUUUCCCGGAUUUCUUGCCUUUCUAUACCCAAAAAAAAAAGAAGGAAAAUCCUGUCUUCCUCUGGAAAUUUAGAUACUUCAUCACCUCCUGUCUCUCUUCUCUCUUUCUCUCUGGCAAAGACAACGACAGAGGAAACGAUCUCCUGGCGCGGGAAGCACCAGAUCUCCAGAAAUUCCUUUCCCAAAUUUCCCAUUAUACCCUUCCCCUUCCAAGUCCUCCCUCCCUACAUCAACGAAUACUAACUCGUCUUUUUAUGGUUCUGUUUCUGUCUUUCGAAUUAAACGACGUCUUUUUUGAAUCCUCAGACGUGUCCUUAACGUGUCGAAUCUUGACUUCCUUCGUCACGCCUUCCAAGCCAAGCAACUCCCUCCCUUCCCCUGCCCCCAACCAAUUUCUUUCCUUGAUUUAUACUAAAAUAUUCAAAAAAAAAAAAAUCUGCUGGUUUUCUUUUUUGGCCUUUAUAUCUGAUUCUUUUGCUAUCAUUUUCUCUGACAUUGUUGUUGAAGUUAGUUUCGAUGUGCGUGUCGCUUCUUCUCCUCUCUUUUUUCCGCCCUUGAUUUUUUUUUUCUGUUUUCUCUGCUUGGUUACGCUUUUUUGCCCCUGUUUUGUUAUGAAGUGCAAGAGUGGUCGUUUCCUUCCUUUCCUCUCCCUUUCUUCUCUUCCAUUUUCAUGGAAUUCCUUUCAUCAAGUGAUUUGCUGUGAUUUGAAAUUAAAACAGGGUUUAGAGCAUAAUUUUGAUGGGGAAACACGAUGAUGGAUGCUCUGUUUUUCCUUUAACCGGCCUCCAAAUCGGAGACUUGCAGUCAUAUCUUUCUGAUCUUAGCCUUUUCCUGGCCCUUGAGAGUAACCAAUUCUACAUUUUGGUGGACAACCAGCCAUGGCUCAGGGACUUAGGUUCACGGUCAGCUCACUUAUGGCAAUUUAUGGUUACCAAGUCCAGGUUAUCUCCUUUUGCUAACACCAAAGGUCGUAGGGAGAGAAAGGAGGGAAAGGGAACUUCUUCCAAAUCAAAUGCGAAAGAUUCCAAGAAAUUUAAGAGAUGGUUCUCUUUGAUUGAUGCUGCAACAUUGUCUAAAAAGAGGGUUUUGCUACCUGUUAAGAAACUGAGAACCUCCUUGCUUCUUAGCAGUGAGCUGCAUAGGACGUUGUAUGGCUUCAUUGUAUUUGAAGUCACAUGGUCCAAUGUUCGAGGUCUUAACUACUUGAAUGAGCUUCAGACUGAUACAUCUCUGGCCAUAGAGGCUAAAUUCAUGCGAAGAUGGGAAUUUGACAGCAUCGAUCAAGCAGCAAGAUCUAUGUCUUCAUGGUUCUCUGGAACAUUCUCAGAGCAGUGUCGGUUGAAAGAGUAUUUGGAUUCAGCACUUGGAGAGGUCUUCUAUGAUGCUGAGGAAGAUUUUCCAAGGCCGAUCACUCUUGAUGAUGAUGAUGAUGAAAAUAUUCAUGAUGAUAGUUUCAGCAUCGAGGAUAAUUUCCCCCAUGAUAAUUUUCGGGUAUCCCCUGCAACCAUGGACUGUGAAACUUUUGAGCCACAUACUCCUCCUCCUACUGGGCCUUAUAAGAGAAGGAAAGUAACCAAGGCAAUUAGUACGGGAGUUGAAGUUGAUGUCUAUUGUGAGGAAACCCAAAGGCCAGCUGAAAACUCAUUAGACAACUCUAAUGAAAAUGCAGUCGAAGCAACAGAGUAUAGGGAUGUUCUAAUUUUGUUUAGAUUUGAUGAUAGAGAUCUCCCAUUUAAAUUGCAGCAGAUAAUAACACCUAAUCUGAGGUUACUUCGUUUAUUAGAGGCUGGUCUUCCAUCUUGGGUCAUCUUCCUUCAAUCAUAUCCUGGCUUUUGCCAUAUCUAUCGCCCAUGGAUGUGCCCUCUGGCCAGAGCUCUAUAUGUUUUGAUUUCAAUCGUUACUGUUCUAAUAGGAUUUUAUGAUUUAUACAAAAAUGUCCCUGUUCUUAAGGCGACUGCUUCUCGUUUAUGUGGGCCACUUUUCGAUUGGAUAGAAACCUGGGAGAUGGUAUCGAGGAUUAAGUACUUGGGAACCAUGUUAUUUCUGCAUAACUUUCAGAAGGCUGUGAAGUGGUUUUUGACGGUUACACGUGCUACUCGGUCAUGUUUCUCAUUUCUCAAUCUACCACUGGCAGAACCAUUUAUGGAAUUUUUGGGCUUCCUUUUGCCAAUUUGGAAUUUGUUCAGUGAAGUGGUAGAAAGCUUAUUUUCGGUCAUAUGGAUUGUGAUUGGUAGUUUCUACAAUCUAGUGGAAGCUCUCAUAGAGGUUGUGCUGAUGCCUAUAUGGUUUAUAGGCUUAGUUCUCUGGAACAUUGCAACUUCCAUCCUGUAUCCUAUAUUUUGGAUUCUUUGGGAAAUACUAUAUGCCCCGAUACGCCUGGUCCUUGCAUUAGCCAGUUUUAUGGCUUCUGUGUGUGGCUUCAUUUCUGAUUUGGUUGGGGAUAUAUGGCGCUCUUUAAGUACCGUAAUUCGGCUUGCUUCAGCUUCUGAGGCAACAGUGAGCACGUAUGAAGUUUCCAUAUGGCGUUCACUUUGGAAUGACCUUUUUUCCCAGGUUUUUCGUGCUGUCAGAAGUAUAUUAAAUGGUUUUGUUGCCUUCUUCACAGCCUGCAACAGACAUCGCCUAAGCAUUUAUAAUCAUAUACAAGAUUUUAUCCAAAGACCAUUUGGUGGAGUCCCAAGAUCACGAACCUCAGAUCCUAGACGUAGUAAAUCGACACAAGGAGUUCAAUAUCCAUUGGAAUUAAGGAGGAGAGUCCCCAGUAGAUCGAGUCCUACCACGUUGUCAUUUUGAGUAUAACAGAUGCAGAGAAGGUAUCCUUGUUCCGGAGAGCUAAUAUUCUGACACGGAAGUGUUUUAACAACCCUAAAUGAAAGCUAACUGUAAAGGAGAAGGGAGGAAUGAGCAGUCCCAUACUGAAAUACUAUCUAUGAGAUCCAAGAGCGAUCAUGGAAAAAGAAUACCGUCUAUAGGAUAGAGAUAAUUUCAUUCUUUUAAUCCUUUUGUGGAUCGGAAGCUUCUUAUUCUCUCUCUCUCUCUUCAUUAACUUCAGCUGCUUUUUCUUUUUUACUUGUUUUCCUCUUACCACAUCUAUUCCACUGUAUGUUUAUAGUCAGCUUCUGACGUGUAAAUAUUGUGUACAGUUUUUUUGUACAUUUAUCCAGAAAAAAAAAGUUGGGAAAGUUCUACGCUUA